AUGUUGCCUAGAAAGAGCAUAAUCCCCGAGGAGUUUGCGCUGCCGGGGCUCGUCUCCCGUAUACCCCGAAAGCCUGUCUUUAGGGACCGCAUAAACAAGGCGCGCUUCAUAGCCAAAAGCGGCUCCUGCAACAUAGCGCACAAGAACAUCCGCGAACAGGGGAGGUUCCUGCAGGACGUCUUCACCACCCUGGUCGAUCUGAAAUGGCGCUUCACCUUGGUCAUGUUCACCAUGAGCUUCCUGUGCAGUUGGCUACUGUUUGCCAUGGGCUGGUGGCUGGUAGCUUUCGCACAUGGAGACCUGGAUACCAACCGAAAAGCUGGCAUCGAGCAAUGCGUCACCAACGUGAAGUCCUUCAGCUCAGCCUUCCUGUUCUCCAUUGAGGUCCAGGUGACCAUUGGGUUCGGGGGCCGCAUGAUCACAGAGCAGUGCCCUACCGCCAUCCUGGUGCUGAUCCUGCAGAACAUAGCCGGGCUCAUCAUCAACGCCAUCAUGCUGGGCUGCAUCUUCAUGAAGACGGCGCAGUCGCACCGGCGUGCCGAGACGCUCAUCUUCAGCCGCAACGCCGUCAUCGCCGUGCGCAACCACCGCCUCUGUUUCAUGAUCCGUGUGGGCGACUUGCGUAAAAGCAUGAUCAUCGGAGCCACUGUACGCCUUCAGGUGGUCCGCAAGACCACCACCCCGGAGGGUGAGGUCAUCCCCAUCCACCAGAUCGACAUCCAGACCGAGAGCGCUGCCUACAGCAAUAACAUGUUUCUGCUGGCGCCCCUCAUCAUUUGCCACGUGAUCGACAAGGACAGCCCCCUGUAUGACCUGUCAGCCAUGGAGCUGCAGUGUAGCGACCUGGAGGUCAUCGUCAUCCUGGAGGGGGUGGUGGAGACCACAGGCAUCACCACGCAGGCCCGCACCUCCUACGUGGCGGAGGAGAUCCAGUGGGGGCACCGCUUCGUGCCCAUCGUCACCGAAGAGGAGGGAGUGUACUCCGUAGACUACUCCAAAUUCGGCAACACGGUAAAGGUACCCACCCCGAAGUGCAGCGCUCGGGAGCUGGACGAGAAGCCCUUCAUCCUCAUCCAGACCAUGCAGAAGAGCGAGCUCUCGCACCAGAACUCACUGCGCAAACGCAACUCCAUGCGCAAGAACAACUCCAUGCGCCGCAACAACUCCGCCCUCAUGAUGCCCAAGGUGCAGUUCGUGACACCAGAGUGCAACCAGAACAUAGCCGCCACAUGACUGGUGGUCUCGGCCCCGCUGGCCGUCCUCCUCUGCCUCAGCACAUUCAGGACCUCUCAUCUGCCUUUUAUUCAGCUAGAUGUAACUGUUCUGCUCUGGCCUGUGUUGUCACACCUCUUGAGGAAUCAUUUUAGCCCCUGACUGACUCUUUAUUUUGGCUCGAUCUUCGUGAACAUUGCACUCUAAAAGUCUCACUGUCUUAAUAUUUGGCUUUUCAGAGACAAAGAUUGAUUCAUUUUUUUCCCCUGUAUUAUGUCACGCUCUCCACCAAGUAACACAGCACACUACACAAAACUCUGUAAUUUUCUGUACUGACAACUACAUAGUAUUUCGUGUAUUGACUAAAUCAUAAUUCAUUUCAGUUAAACUUUAAUUUGUAAUUAAGGAGAUUAGUUUUAUCUCUGUCGGAAGUAAUUUAUUUAAGGCAUUGGUUUUUGAACAUUUUACAUUUUAAUUUGGUUCAAAAAUGCCCACUCAAAGUAACUGAGCUGCUAACAUUCAAGAAAACUAUAAAUAUAUUUUACAAAGGCUGUUCUCAAUGCACUGUUUAGAUAUUGAAAUUCUUCAGUCUUUUGUAAAACCAUCAAGCCAAUGAAUGAUAGCUGACUGGUUGCUUCCUUUUAUAUUUGCAUAUUUCCCAGCAUGCUUUUCAUUUCUCUUUUUAGUUUUUUUUUCCUUUAGAAAUUCACUAUCCCGCACAUAACGCAUGUGUACUGGUUUGCAGUAACGUGCAAGGUCUUAUUUUUAUAUUAGACACUUCAUUAAACAUUUGUACUGUUACACAAGUAUAGGCAUCUAAUAAUACUUUUACAGGGGUCACUUAUUACAUACAGGACAGAAACAUGGAGUAACGAGGCAUGGAACCAAGAUGAUAAUACGGUGACGACCAUGUGGUUCGGUGACCAUAUGCACGCCUUUUCUCUUCCUUUUUGGGUGCUAAAAUUGCCGGAAAUGCUCGCGAUUUCGCUUUAAUUCACGUUGUCAUCAUCUUUCUACAGUCAGACUACUCUGUGUGUGAGAUUGCCAUCUAAGGUUACAAGAAAAUGGUACCGUACUAACUUAUAAGCACGUAAAUAGGGAUGACACUGGCACAAAUUCCUAAUAUACAUACUUUGUAGUACCUUAUAAUUGGCAUCCAACAAACUUUUAAAAGUAACCACGUUUUUAUUAAUCACAAAUGGGGUUACAAUAGGUCGGACACCUUUUUGCUGUGACUGACCUUUCACUUACUUUACCCUUUUUACUUUUUGCAAAACAUGUUACACUUGUUAUACUACGAUAUCUUUUUAAAUGCACGUAUGUUGUAAAUAAUUCUCAUGACAGGUUUUAUGAAUAAAACUGGCAACAUUUGGAUUUUUUUCUUAUGCUUAAUUUGUACUUAAAAAAAUAAUCUUUACAGUUCAGCGGGCGAACAGGGACAAAGUAAAUGCCAUUAAACAGAAUAUGAAAUUAACCUGGUAAGUUAGUGCUUGAGACAUUCGCUCCGUUUAGUAAAUCUACAGAUUUAUCUGGAACAAAGCCAUGAUCUUUUCCCACGACCCGUGAAUGAACUGAAAAAUCUAAGAACUACACAAAGAGAAAAUUGUUUAUAAACGGAUGAUUAUAAUUCGUUCUUAUUGUAAAAAAAUAGAUAUAUAUGCUAUAUGACCAACUGAAUCUUAAUUUGUGCUGACUUCAGUCGAAUAUUUGCCAAUAAUCUUAGGCCUACUAAAAACGAGAAAUGUGUGCACCCACCAAAUGUGACAAACAACUUUUUUAGCAAGAGCUAUGUAAAGGAUUAGGGUAACAUUGAAUAAAUCUCAUUUAUCGAUUAAA